AGAUCAGCGAACAACAGAGCGAUCUCUUGUAGGAGCUGUUGUCGUUCGAAACGGGGCUGCUGGGUGGGACCGAAGAAAGGGGAAAAGAAGUGCCUCUAUCAGCGUAUGAGGAAUUCACGGCACAAUAGCUGGGCGAGUCAUAAGUCAGGUUCACUGAUCUUAAAACGCGCCACGUCUGGUGUUUCCCACGGUCUCCAGAACAAGUGUCACUGGCAACAGACGGUCCUGUUGCAUCUUUUUCUCCCUCGUGACCCCCACCCCUUCGCCAAAAUCCGGCUGCUAGAUGUGACGUCGAGGUUGAUCAGGAGAAGCCACCAUGUCCUAAACGUCGACGGGCCCUCUGGAGCCCUGCCCCCCCACCCCAUCCCUCCCUCACCCAGCCCCUCACCCAGCCCCUCUCCCAUCCACCACCUCACCCCGUCUCCCAGCCCCCCCCCACUCCCCGACCUCUCCACCCACGUGCGAGACAGGCUGCCCAGUGCUGGCUCCCCACCGGCGCGUCUCUCUCCUCCUCCUGGGGAGAUGAGCACACAGAAGCAGCAGCAGCUGGGCGCUGGAAACGUCGGGGUCAUGGAUUCUGACCGCGACCUGCAGUCUGCCACUUCUUCCAUCUCUUUGCCGUCAGUGAAGAAGGCCCCGAAGAAGAGGCGGCUCUCUCUGGCUUCUCUCUUCCGAAGACGAGGACGGGACACUAAACCAGGCUGCCAGCGGUCCAGGGACCUCCAGCACCCCGGGUCAGGGGGCGUUGGGGGAGUGGACAGCAUCGCCACCAUCGAGAGCAUCCACUCUGAAAUGUGCAACGACAAGAACUCGGCCUUUUUCUCCGCGGCGGGGACAGGAGCCGCCUUCGCCGCUGCCGCCUCGUUGUCCUCCGCCUCAGGGCCUUCUUAUGCUGCUACCAGCUCCUCAGCUAAGGCGGGGGGAGCAGCAGGGGCGGAGCUACUGGAGUGCCCACUGUGCCUUCUACGCCUCUCCAGGGAGAGCUUCCCCGACAUCAUGACGUGCCACCACCGCUCCUGCAGCGACUGCCUGCGCCAGUAUCUGCGCAUCGAGAUCUCAGAGUCGCGCAUCAACAUCAGCUGCCCCGAGUGCGCCGAGCGCUUCAACCCGCACGACAUCCGCAUAAUUCUGGGGGACCGAGUGCUGAUGGAGAAAUAUGAGGAGUUCAUGCUGAGGAGGUGGCUGGUCGCAGAUCCGGACUGCCGCUGGUGUCCCGCGCCAGACUGUGGAUAUGCAGUAAUAGCCUUCGGCUGUGCCAGCUGUCCGAAGAUCACGUGUGGCAGGGAGGGCUGCGGCACGGAGUUCUGCUACCACUGCAAGCAGCGGUGGCAUCCCAACCAGACGUGCGACGCGGCGCGCCAGCAGAGAGCCCAGAGUCUCCGCUUGAGGACCGUGCGCUCGUCCUCCCUCAGCUACAGUCAGGAGAGCGGCGCCACAGCCGACGACAUUAAGCCAUGUCCUUGCUGCGCCGCUUACAUCGUCAAAAUGAAUGACGGGAGCUGUAACCACAUGACCUGUGCUGUCUGUGGCUGUGAGUUCUGCUGGCUCUGCAUGAAGGAGAUUUCAGACUUGCACUACUUGAGUCCGUCAGGCUGUACGUUCUGGGGGAAGAAGCCUUGGAGCAGGAAGAAGAAGAUCCUUUGGCAGCUGGGAACACUAGUGGGCGCUCCUGUGGGAAUCGCACUGAUUGCUGGGAUAGCCAUCCCCGCCAUGAUCAUUGGCAUACCUGUAUACGUGGGCAGGAAGAUCCAUAACCGCUAUGAAGGCAAGGAUAUUUCCAACCAUGAGAGGAACCUGGUGAUCGCUGGUGGAGUGACGCUGUCUGCCAUCGUGUCUCCUGUGGUGGCUGCAGUCACCGUCGGCAUCGGCGUCCCCAUCAUGCUGGCCUACGUCUACGGCGUGGUGCCCAUCUCUCUGUGCCGCAGUGGAGGCUGCGGCGUGUCAGCCGGGAACGGAAAGGGAGUUCGGAUCGAGUUCGACGACGAGAACGACAUGAACUCUGGCAACGGAACGGCCGCCACCGAUACGACAUCGGUAGCCGACACCAGGAACAACCCCAGUAUCGGCGAAGGCAGCGUCGGGGGGUUGACGGGCAGCCUGAGCGCCAGCGGCAGCCACAUGGACCGCCUCGGCGCCGCCAGGGACAACCUGAGCGAGACGGCCUCCACCAUGGCGCUGGCCGGAGCCAGCAUCACCGGCAGCCUGUCCGGCAGCGCCAUGGUCAACUACCUGCACAGGAUGGAGGUCCAGGCCGACGUGCAGAAGGAGCGCUGCAGCCUGAGCGGGGAGUCCGCCACCGUCAGCCUGGGCACCAUCAGCGACAACGCCAGCACCAAAGCAAUGGCCGGCUCCAUUCUCAACGCCUACAUGCCUCUGGACAGAGAGGGAAACAGUAUGGAGGUCCAGGUGGACAUCGAGUCCAAACCCGUCAAGCGACGGCACCACAGCGGCGGCAGCAGCGCCGACGACGGCGGCAGCGGCUGCAGCAAUGCUGCCGGCCGCUGCGGCUGGAGCAACCCCACGGCCGGGUGCAGCUCCUCCGAAGGCAGAGGGACGGCCGCCAAGUGGGCCAAAGAGGCGUCGGCCUCCUCCUUCAGCGCCGGCGGCAAAAAGAGCAAAGGCAAGCUGCGUAAGAAGGGCGGCGGCGGCGGCACCAAGAUCAACGAAACGCGGGAGGACAUGGACGCUCAGCUGCUGGAGCAGCGCAGCACCAACUCCUCGGAGUUCGACUCGCCGUCGCUGAGCGGCAGUCUGCCCUCGGUGGCCGACUCUCACUGCAGCCACAUGUCCGAGUUCAGCUGCUCCGACCUGGAGAGCAUGAAGACGUCGUGCAGCCACGGCUCUGCCGGCGGCGACUACCACCUGCGCUUGGCCACCGUCAGCCCCCUCCCCGAGGUGGAGAACGACCGGCUGGAGACGUGUCCUUCUCACUGCUCGCCCCAGUCCCCCACCUCCACCUGCACCACCUCCUCCCUGGGAAACGGCACGGACCUGUCGGCGCUCUGCUUCGUCACGGACGAGAACGUCAACAUCAUGUGUGCCGGCGAGCUGGACUGCAACAGCGGAGAGCUCCUGAAGGAGCACAACAACAACCACCACCCGCCGCAGGAAGCGGCCCCCCCCGACCAGUAGGCCAGGAACACCUGCUUACACACUGAUAUUUAAUAAACUCCAUACCUGAAGUGCUGCACUCACUUUAUAGACCUCCUCCUUUCCUUCUUUAAGCUAACAGCAGCUGCUCUACAGUUUUGGUUAUUCCCUAGUUAAGAGAUGUGUCUUGUUAGGAUGGAGGUUUUCCAUGGGAAGCAGCUUUUGAGUAAAAUUGUUACAAGCAGCCAUCUGAAAGUGUUAAAGUUCCUCCUGAGGCCGUUUCUCUGUUUCGGAUCUUUCCUUAUUUGUCACGUUUCACAUAAAGCUGUUCGCUGAUUGGCUGUUGCAUUGAUCUGUAGGUCAAAAUAAAGUUUUUCAUUUCAUCAUACAACAUUAAAUAGAUCUGAUUUCCUGAGACAAACUGAGCGAGGGACCAGGCAAUAUGACUUCUUAGUUUGUGUUCUUCCCCCGUAAAUGUAAAAGUAACUGUUUUGAAGAUAUAUAUAUAUAUAUAUAUAUAUAUAUAUAUAUAUAUAUACUGUAUAUCUCCACACUGAACUGUUCCAGCUCUGAAAAUCGACCUUCACAAUGCUAAGAUCUACUGAGGGAGAUGGUGCUCCACUGCUCUUUGUUCUGUAGCUCGAAUCUCUCAAGUGUCUUUUAGUGCCAAGAUAACUUUGAAAACUUGGGCAGAAUUUAGCUGUGGGAAAGUUUGGAACCGAUUUGAUUAAUUUAAAAAAAAAAAGGUCUCUGGAAGGCCAAAGCUGUAGAUUUUGCUUAACCCUCCCGUAGUUUAAAUCGGCGCUCAGGUAGAGUGUGGCAGAUGUCACUGUCGGGUCAACUGGGAAGCCAUGGGGGCAGCCCGUAAAUGUACAUUGAAGGAGGAAAUAAAAUUCUGGUGCGCACGAGAACGUUUAUUUUUUUCCUUCAAAGUCCAUUUACAGGCCCAGUACUUCCCAAAACUACAAAUAAAAAACAAUCAACAACAACAAAAAAACUUGGUUAAAGUGCACGUAAGGUCAGUGCGACCCUGCCUGGACAGUGAACAGCGGUUUCCUCUCGACCCGUCUUAGGACUGCGCAAGGGUUAGAGUUAGAAUUGUAACAUUACUCAGCGGGUCGGUCAGCUGACUGAAAUUGUACAAAGAAGUGAAUUGUUUACUGUUUGAGCUGAUUUCUGCUGGACGAUGCUUCGGCCUCUCUGAGAGCUUUGAUAUCUUAACUCGUGGUGCCUUCAGGAGCGAGGAGAACAUCGUACUGACAGCGGAGUGUGUGUGUUUGCUAGAGGCGCGCUUGUUCACACUGCGGCGGAGUUUUAACUGAAGACUUUUCAACAGCCUACCAAAGACAGCACUCAGGCUCUUGUUAGUUCUUUGACUCUUCAGCUGCCGACAGUAACACGCGACCUUUUUUGUUUUUCUUUUUUUUUUUAAACACCGUGGGGAUGAAUGAAGACAUGACCCAGGGUAUCUCCCCACACACACACACACACAUACACAUUACUGUUUUUUACAUGUUCCACUAAUACUACGCAAGUAAGUAAGGCUCCAGGCACCUGCACUGUUUCCUGUUCUGCUGACGCAGAGGUUGAUGGGAAUGUGAGUUUGUCUUGUGAAUCGGGUUCGUGUUGCCAAAACGGUGCUGCUGAGCAGACUUGAAGUCAGUUUCUUUUUUUUUUUUUUUUCUUUCUCCCAAACUGUUCUGUGGUCUGCACUGAGGCCGCUGAGCUGGCUCUGGUGAACCUCUACUAGCAGUGUGGUUUUGACCCAGGUCUGUUCUGGUUUGGUUCCGUGGAUAAAAGCCUCACGGCUUUAUCUCCAUUCAUCACAGCUAAGAUUUUUCUGCUCAUUCUUCCUCUUUUUCUUGGUUUUAACCAAAAGUAAUCUAAUGUUUUGGCUGUAAUUUGCACACCAGUGCCAGAUGAAAUUGGUCGUUUGUGCAGAACGGGAUAAGGUGUUUGUAUAUUUGUUUGGUAAUUUGCUUUACUAUAUGCGCGUAAAUGCAUAUCUGCAAAAAAUAAAAAAAAAUAAAAAAAUGUAUAUCAAA